AUCCACCUGAGUGCGUCCAUAGCCCUAGUGACCCAUUUGUAGCCUUCUCCUGAACUUUCCUGGCGCGUACAUUUCAUGACCGCGACUGGAGAUGGUGCGCCAGUCUUGGGUGCCGCAAAGGAUGUUUCUAGGCAAAACCUCUCUGGUUCCAGUGUGAUGGAUGGUUCAUCCAGCUCCAAAGUCACGGUCGAAUAUCAUGACCCAUCGGGCCUCUUUCCGCUUGUACAGGAACAAUUAUCUCUACGUCUGCCCCUUCGAAACCUACACUGGAAAUCACCAAACCGUCCUUUGAGAUCAAUAGACUCUUUGCAUGUGGAUCUCGUGCCGAGCAAAGACUCAGUUCACAUUUCUGGUGUCACCUCACCAGGACUGGCACCGCCAGAAGGACUUCAUAGAACGAGCUCUAGCCAGCGCAUGUCAGGACCGACAAGCUCUGAGAUUAUUAGACCACCAUCAAAGGAGAGACGACAUCAGAUCCCUGGUCUCCGCCAAACCCCAUAUUUAAAGAUCUACUUACUCAGAUGCGAUGAUUCUGACACAUAUAAGUCGACUGCCCGAAAGCAGCUGAGAGAAUGGGUAAAGACCCAUACACCUCCGUCCCAAAGCAGUUCCUCGUCAAGCACACAAGAAAACCACGAUGCUUUUGAAUGGAUGAUUCUUCAUGUAGUAAUUCCAGAUACACCGGCCGCCAGCCAGCCUAGGGGAACCGCAUCUUCCGGCGCCGCUACUGGUGAAAAAGAAAAGUCAAGCACAACCUCGCGAUGGACUCGUGGGACUACUACCAUUCUUGAGAAAAUCCGCGCGGAUUUCAACAUCUCCUCCAAGUCCGCUCCGGAUCGAGUAGCCCAAGUGCGACUACAGAAAGAUGCUGUCCCGCCACACAUGCUGCCAUCAACCUCAACCGCCACGAGCCCACCGAUCAAUGAAAGCCCUCAGGAGCAGGAAAAGGUCUGGAAUGAUGUAAUAGUCAAGUUCAAAACCUUGAUCCUUCUCUCCUUUGAUUUGCGGGUUAGCCAGUACGAAGAGGAUAUACGAGAGAAGGAUUCACAGCGCGCCCUACCCGGCUGGAACUUUUGCACCUUUUUCAUCCUCAAAGAAGGUCUAGCAAAGGGUUUCGAGAGUGUUGGCCUGGUCGAAGAUGCGCUUCUUGGAUACGACGAGCUUUCCAUUGGACUUGAUACCAUCGUCCGUGAUCAGUCUGAUGAGGGCGGUCAGACCCAAGGAGGCGCUAUUCUCAACUAUUCUGAAGACAUCCACGAGAGAGCUUCGGAGAUAUUGAAGCGAUCACAAAAAGAUGACGGCGGGCGGAAAGAACCACAAGCACACCUACAUGACGAGAAACCAAUCAGCUCGCAGAAGAAGAACUAUCGAGACUUAAUCCUCUCAAACAACAUCUCUAUCUUCGAUUUUCGGUCUUAUGUAUUCGCCCGUCAAAUGUCACUACUUUUGCGGUUAGGAAACGCUCGCUCGACAGGGUCUGAUCUAGCAGCAAAAUUACAACCAAGACCAAACACGGGUGUACUUCAGCGCUCUGUCGAUGACGUAAAUGUUGGUACAAAGCAUGCCACAGUUUUGGAGAACUCCGAAGAUCUACUCUCUUUAGCUGAACUUUGCUCCCGCGCCAUUCAUUUCAUUACUUCCGCAAGUCGGCUGUUGCGAGAUGACCUCCUCAAUGGUGCUAUUGCUCAUGAAACCACUUUCCCUAAGCGUCUCGUGGAUAAUCUCGUGCGAUCCUGGACAUUUGCCGCUCUCCAGCAGCUAUUAGACGAGACAGCGACAUCAUCACUUCCUAUUUCUAAGUUCUCAAAAGAUGCAGCCACGAGUUCUUCAGGCAAAAUGCGUUCGUUUGGGAAUCACAGCGAAGAACUAAAGGUCAGCGUUGCCGAACCAAAGACCAUGAUCCAUCCCACACGUUCAACAUCUCUCAACUACGGUCGCUCCGCUUCGGCAGAUCCACCUUAUGCCCAACCCACUUCCACCGGGCAGGUCGUGUUUGCUGAUGGGCAGUACCAAGAUAGACCAGUCCCAGCACAGGAGUCUAUUGUACCCCAAGCCAAGUCUGGACUUCAAGAAUUAGCAGCCGCCCGGGCUCAACUUUAUGUUGUAGAACGGCGAAUCCUUGAGCAUGUUGGUAAAUCUAUGGGCUGGAAUAUUGGUUGGGCUGCUAUAAUCUCAUCUCGUGUUCAGAAAGAGGAUUUUAGAGACGUAGAUUUAAAUAGAACGAGCAAUGACGAAGAAGGAGGGGUAGCUGGUCUUGAAGCGCAUUCUGUCACUUCCCCUACGGUCGGACUCUCUGCGGCGCAACUUGUCAGUGGAGUGUCGUCUAUCGACCAGUUCCGAGAAUCCUACGAGAAACUAAGCGACUUGAUCGUCAAGCACUACAUGGCUGCAGGACAAGUUAAGUCCGGGGAGGGCAUACUUGGAGAUCUAGCUGCUCUUCGAUUUGAGCUUGGCGAUUUUGCUGCAGCUGCCAUGUACUUUGGUCGUAUGGCUUCACUGUUUUCUGAGAGUAGGUGGAACUACGUUGAAACCACGAUGCUGAAGAUGUAUGCACAGUGCCUUAAGAAGCUUAAUCGAAAAGAUGAGUAUGUGCGGACUCUCCUCAAUCUCCUCGCGAAGUCAGCAGCACAUCGCAUGUCGCUUCGUUCUUCAUUGAAGCGAGGAAGCUCAUCUGAUAUGCAAGAGUGGCCAAAAGAGUGGCUAAACGAUGACAAGGUGGACACCACCGGUGUUUUUAGCGAUUUGGUCGAGUUCUCUGAGCAUAUCCCAUACGACAGAACAGUUCCUAUGACGAAGUACUUUGGCGAUAUUAUCGUGGAGCCAUACGUUCGCCAUUUUGACGAAAAGGAUGGCUUUCAAUUACGACUCCAAUUUCGACAUGUUUUAGAAGAUGAGAUAGAGAUCGAACGGGCCAAAGUGCAGUUAAUUAGCGCAACUUCGGCACAGGGAAAAGAAAUCUGGUUGGAGAGUUCAGGUACCAUAAAGUUGAAGAAAGGCAUUUGCCGGAUCUGGCUCGGAUCGAACGUAAACACCACCGGUCCAUAUAUGGUCGACAAGAUUGUUAUCGAGGCCAAACGAAUCAUAUUUAUUCACGAGCCUUUCAGGAAAGCCGAAGCAACAACUCCACUCGGAAUCACCACCUCGGUGUCCGCAACUUCACUGAAAGCAGCGAAGAAGUCGAGGGUUCUUUGCUUCCCACGCGUAGAAGCUUUCCAAGCUAGGGUAUACCUCUCGCACUUUAUCCACAUUGACCGGCCGCGAUCUGUCGAGAUCGAGUGCAGAAGUGGUUGGAAUGACAUGCAACGAGCUGAGAUCAGGCUCAGGUCUGCCUCUGCAGGCUUGAGAUUACGUACCGCGAAUACCACUGUGACGUCAGGCGAAGUAACAAUUGAGGAUAAGCCGAACCCUGGAGUCAUUGACAUUGCGAGUAUGGCACCAGACACCACAGCAACUUUUCGAGUGCCGUACGAGCUCGAGCAAAUCCUACCCGAACUUUCAAUCAAACUCGAAGUGGUUUACUUUACAGACAAAGGGGAAUUUCAGUACUACUCAUCCUUCAUCAUUCCCAUUGAACUUCCUCUCGAUGUCAAUGUACACGACCACUUUAAGAACGAGUCACUCUAUUCGAAGUUCAACAUAAAGACAGCUAACCACGUUCCUCUAGAGAUUCUAGAUGUCGGGCUGGAGGAGUCGGAAGAGUUUGGUGUAUUUGUCCCGAAAAGGAUCAAGGACUCUACCCUUGUAUUCCCAAAACAGCCACUUUCAGUCACAUACAAGAUCACGAAGAAGCCCGUGGAUCCAAAUAAACGAAGGCAAAGCCGCAAUCCCAAUACCGGAAGCCUGGCACUUUCAGUCGAGUACCGAUGCAUGAACGAAGACGUCUUGGCUCGCGUAUGUGAACUGUUUGCUACGGCUGUUGAAAACAGCCAGGUACACAGACUCGGGCGCCUACUUAUUGCCACGUUCACAGAUCGUUUGGAGCACCGUAUUCUACCACAUCAGUAUGAGAAAAUUGCACUGCUGGAUAAAGUUGACAUGGGAACGUUUGAGGACAUGGGCUGGGCUGAAUGCAUUGAUAGUCUUCCUCACAUCAUUCGGGGAGAUACUGAAAAGUGGCUACGAAACUGGCAUGAGAAUAAUGGGUUGAUCCUCCUCUCGACGACGCCUAAACUCACGUCUUCUGUGCCAGGAAUCGUACCCCCUUCGCCGCACCCCUCCCGCCGCAUUAUCAUCACUGUCUCUAUCCCACAAACCCACAUCCUUCACACUGCAUCCCUCUUUCUCGAGUCUCCGGAGCAGGCACCGUCGCAUUCUACAGCUAUUGCUGUUGUCGGUCAACCACUUCUCACGGAGCUAUGCAUAAAGCACACACGCCGUUGGGGCUGGCCAUCUGCCCUCGUGGCAGCCGCUAAUUUAAAGUCAUCAGAUGACGCCAUGGACUUUGUAUAUUCAAUUGAGGCAAACCCUGAUGUUUGGCUUGUGGCAGGGCAGCGGCGGGCACAAUUUACGGCGAAGGAAGGUGAGGAGAAGAAACUGCCAAUAAUUUUAAUCCCUCUAAAACCAGGCAAUGUGCUGUUGCCGAACGUUGAGAUCAGAGCAAGGGUUGCACCAAAGGGUGAGCAGAAGGGGCAGAGCGAAGAGCUCGGACAGCAAUUGAACUGCGAGACGGACUAUCUGAGCUAUGGGGAGUGUGUAAUGGUGGUGCCUGAUGUGCGUAGUAGCACGAUAGGCAUUGGUGAGAUGGCAUCGCCGAGAAGUGUGGUAUGGCUGGAGUCGGAGAGCAGAAUAUAA